CCCCAUCUCCAGAGGAGUUGAGAUUGCUUCUGAGUAGCAGACAAACCUGCCCCUUUGGAAGGCCCUGGCCUGCCCUUGAAUACUUUCAUGUGUUCCAGGACUGAAGAAGAUGCAGAGCAGUCUGAAGGUGGUGGACUGUGUCAUCGAGGUUCACGAUGCUCGGAUUCCACUAUCAGGUCGCAACCCUCUGUUUCAGGAGACCCUUGGGUUGAAGCCUCACUUGCUUGUCCUCAACAAGAUGGACUUGGCAGAUCUCACAGAGCAGCACAAAAUUUUGCAGCACUUAGAAGGAACAGGCCUAAAAAACGUCAUUUUUACCAACUGUGUAAAGGAUGAAAAUGUCAAACAGAUCAUUCCGAAGGUCACAGAGCUCAUUGGGAGCAGUUACCGCUAUCAUCGAGCAGAGAACCUGGAGUACUGCAUCAUGGUGGUUGGGGUCCCCAACGUGGGCAAGUCCUCCCUGAUCAAUUCUCUGAGGAGGCAGCACCUCAGGAUAGGCAGAGCUGCUCGGGUGGGAGGUGAGCCUGGAAUCACCAGAGCUGUGACAUCAAGAAUCCAGGUGUGUGAGCGACCGCUGAUGUUCCUGCUGGACACCCCUGGGGUGUUGAACCCUCGGAUUGAGAGCCUGGAAACGGGCCUGAAGCUGGCCCUGUGUGGAACAGUGUUGGACCACCUGGUUGGGGAAGAGACCAUGGCCGACUACCUCCUCUACACUCUCAACCAGCAUGGAGUGCUGAGGUAUGUGCAGCACUACAGCCUGGGCAGUGCCUGUGACGACAUUGAGCGUGUGCUGAAGAGUGUGGCUGUGCGGCUGGGAAAGACGCGGAAGGUGAAGGUGCUCACAGGCACGGGUGACGUGAAUGUCGUUCAGCCCAACUACUCUGCAGCCGCCCGCGACUUCCUCCGAGCCUUCCGCAGUGGGCUGCUGGGCACAGUGAUGCUGGACCGUGACAUCCUGCAGGACCACCCCCAGCCAACGCGGCAUCCUGGGCCCGCUGGGCAGGGCGCGGCCUCCCGGACUUCAUAGCCAGAAUGUGUGAGGCGUGGGACCGUCUCCCCACUCCUGCCUUCUCGAUGCUCCACCUGGCCGCUCCAACUCAGACCCCUAAUCCUGGGGCACUGUUCUCUCCUGCCUGCCAAAUUCAGUCCGUUCCUGGUUACAGGAAUUGAGCUAUGGGGUCCCAGACAGCCCUGCAUGUAAGGGCUGCUCAGGAGGCUCCUGCUUGGUAUUUAAGGAGAGAGUCAAAGCUGUAUCUACAGUGUAAAAGAACAUGGGUUAAAAGGGUUA